AGGGUGCUCGUGAUUCCUCGCCCUGUCAGUGUUGAUCGACGAGUGAGUGACGUGGUGCUUGCGCGCUUGCUACAUCCAACGCGGGCUGGCACACGACGUGUCAGAGCCUCUGCCGAAGCGCAACGCGCGCGCCCAGUUUCGCUUUCGGAGCGCGGCGCCGUGAUCUACGUCCCCUGGUGUUGUCGCUCCUCGACCACUGCUUGCUCUAUGCGCACGGAGGAGGGUUGUUUAAGACAGUGUGGAACGUGUUGGUUCAUGUGAGCUUAUUCUCUGCAGAAGAAGCCUCCUGCUGGGUGAAUUGUUGUGAAAGUGUGUUUGGAGAGCGGCAGAGUGGAAGCUGCGUUGAGAUCCCCGCUGUCGCCUCCGCCCGGCCUCGGUGAGGCAGUGCUGGAAGAGUCCGGAGACGCAAUGCCUGUCGCUUCUGGCGCGCCGCCUCCGUCGCCAAUGGCAAGUGGUGCGGAACCGAAGACCGGCGGUCGGAGGGUGUCCAAGCCGCUGAUGGAAAAGCGACGUCGUGCGCGCAUCAACCGCUGCCUCAACCAACUCAAGGCCUUCCUCGUGGACCCGUCGAAACCGGAGAGCCCGCGCCAAUCGAAGCUGGAGAAGGCGGACAUCCUCGAGAUGACCGUCUGCCAUCUGCAGGCACUGCACCGGCAGCGACGAACAGCUCGUCUUCUCGACGACCCCGAGGUGCGUCAAAAGUUCCGCGCGGGCUUCGAAGAGUGCAUCCUGGAGAUCCGCCGCUUCCUCUGCUCGCUGGCCGAGCAGCACCAGACGCCGAUUGGCGGCUGCUGCGACCCCGUGGCGGCCCGGGAGCGCAUUCUGGGACACCUGCAACGACGGGCCAGGGAGAUACAGGACCCCGACGGUGCCCUCGCGCAGUGCACCUCGACCGCGGCCGGCCCCGACACCGACACCGCCAUCGAUCCUCCGGUUCGGCCUUCGAGGCGACCCGGUCACAGUGAAGACGCCACACCAGAGUCGAGCCACAGCUCCCUGGACGCGGCGGCCUCGAGCGACGAGUUGGCGUCGGAGACGUCGUCUUCGCGGUCUCCCUCACCGUCGGACGUCGUCGUGUCCCACGCGGACGUCCGCCUGCGGCCCAAGAGGCUGCGCAACGGUGACCUGGUGCUCGUGCUACCGCGCGACCUGGUCGCCAACGCCAGGAUCGUCGCCGCUGCCGCCGCCGCUGAAUCCGACGUCAAGCCCGCGCCUCAGCGGCCGCGGCCCGCGACGUCCGUGCCGGACGUCGGGGAGAUUCCCGCAGCGUCGACGUCGCCGGACCUCGUCGUGGUCUCGUCGUCCACGACCGCGGUGGUCGAGGAAGCGAUCGCUGCGCCUCCUGCUCCUCCUUUACCACCUGUCCCCUCCUCGCCAACGUCUUCUUCAUCUUCUUCCUUGCUGUUGCCCGCGUCUGGUGUUGAAGUGACGUCGCACGAUGACGUCUGGAGGCCUUGGUGACGAAACCCACGUCGCCGCGUCUGCCGGGAACGCGGCGCUUGUUUGAUAAACCGUGGAAACUAACACGUUCCGUUCCAUUUCGGGACAAGGACCAGCUGGACCCGCUGCGCCGGUCCGCCGUGUAAACGCGGGGUCAAGCAUACUGAGUGCUUCGUCAAGCACGGCAUGAGUGCCUCGUCUCGUGUACGGUGCCUCUUUCAUGGUGUCAUCGACGCAGAAGUCACAAAGAGUCACAAAGUGCCCUGAUGCAUCCGAGUCUGCUACGGUGAACGAACAAUGUCGCUUUCUGUCGAAUUCGUUGCGGUGGCAGCAUUUGCUGUAAUUUGAAGAAUGAAACAGUCCUUCAAAAAUGCCUCGCAAGCCGGUAUACGUUUGAUACAAUUUUCUUUUUUUAGUGCGUUCGAUAGCCUUGGCUUGUUUAAAGGAAAUCAUGGCUCGUAUACGGCAAAAAUACUCUUGCGUUGUAUUUGUUCGUGGGAGAAAAUCCCAUUCAAUUCUUAUGCUGGGCAUAUCAUUAGCCAAGGUGGCCGAAUAAUGAAGAAGAGCACUACCAGCUAAUGGCUUUGUGAAUACGGGCCAAGUUUGUGUUAGAAUAGGGAUGCCUAUAUACACGCCGGUCAUCAAAUCUAUAGUUCUGCCAACUUAAAUGGCGCGCUUGCGAAUAUGGAUUUUCAGCGAAACUAGAUUGGCAUAUAUUCGUCUUCGGUGCGAACGCGCCGUCUAUUAUAAUUUGGUACUGGUUGGCCACUAGAUCUAUAGAGAAAAAGCGAUGCGGUACACAAUCCUUCUGCUGUGCUGCUGUUUCGGUGCCUCGUGUCAUUUCAACUCCCCCAAUUCUAUGGCACUCAUACAUGCGGAAAAACUGUCGUCGACGAAAGUGCCGACAUUGUAAAUACCAUCAAACAAAUCGUUGCCAAUAUGUUCUUUGUUUCAGGUUCCACAAAAGCCCGUUCCAUUGUUAAACUGACAUUUUUCAUGUGGACGGAUUUUGUCUUUACAAGCAGACAUGCUAGUAUAGGAACUCUCCAGGAUCGUAGUACCGCACGCGGACACCGUCGUUAGCCUUCGUGUAAUCUCUCGGCAAAAGGAACCGAUGAAGCGAUAUCGUCUAGAAUGAAAGCCACAACCAAGCAGGGAAAGUUAUUCCUUUUUUUAUCCAUUUGUCAUCACUUCCCAUCGCUAUGCCUCACGUACCAAGUGCCAUUCGUUUGCGAGUGCCUUUCACUUAAUUUGCUUGACGUCACACUAUGUCGAGUAAGAGAAAAUAAAAGUACUGAACUGUUACAAUGUUCAUCGUAGCAGGGGCGUAGCCAGGGU